AAGCGGAAGCUAAACUGUCAAAUCGUUGGAAGUCUCUCUUUCCGGCAUCUUGCAAGGUUAGUGACGGAAGCGCAUUGCAAUUGUUGUCGACUUCGGAUUCAAGAUGGGUCGUUAUGCGAAGGAACCCGAUAAUGCCUCCAAAUCGUGCAAAUCGCGUGGGUCGAACUUACGGGUGCAUUUCAAGAACACCCGCGAAACGGCACUAGCCAUUAAGCGCAUGCCGCUACGUCGUGCUCAGCGAUACUUGAAGAACGUGAUUGAAAAGAAGGAAUGCGUACCUUUCCGUCGUUUCAAUGGUGGUGUGGGCCGUUGCGCUCAGGCCAAGCACUGGGGCACGUCGGUCGGCCGUUGGCCGAAAAAGUCCGCGGAGUUUUUGCUGCAGUUGCUGAAAAACGCCGAAGCAAAUGCUGACUACAAGGGUCUGGAUGUAGACCGACUAGUGAUUAACCACAUCCAGGUGAACCGCGCACCCUGCCUACGUCGUCGUACGUACCGUGCGCACGGUCGCAUCAAUCCGUACAUGUCAUCGCCGUGCCACAUUGAGCUGUCGCUGACGGAGAAGGAGGAUGUUGUAACUAAGGCCACCGACGACUCGGAGCUGGCGAAGAAGAAGCUGUCCAAGAAGAAAUUGCAGAGGCAAAAGGAGAAGAUGAUGCGCAACGAAUAAGGAGCGUGAACCGUAUUCUUGCAAUGUGCAAAAUUGUUCUUUAGGUUGGCGAAUAAAACUGUCAUCGAAAACGCCAGAGGAGAGGAAAGUGAACAAAAUCA